CUCUUUGCACUUUGCACUUGGCAUUCCUCGAAACCUCGAAAAUAUGAGCAACUCGAACGUGUUCUCCGCGCUCUCCAAGUCGGCCGCCAAGAAGUCGGCGCCGCUCCCGUCGGCCGCGGCCCCGGUGCUGCCCAAGCAGAUGUUCUCGCUUCCCGCCGGCGAGGCCACGGCCUCGUGGGGCGAUGACGACGAGACGUCGCAGAUGACGAUCACGUCGCUCACGAUGCCGCCGACGCCCGCCGAGCUCGCCGACAUGGCCGCCGCCGCCGCCGCCGCGCAGAACGCCGAGGAAGACGACAGCGAAAGCGAGAGCGAGAGCGAAGACGAAGAGGAGACGCCGGUCGUCAAGAAGGUCGUUGUCGCCGCGCCUGUCAAGAAGGCCGAGCCCGUCGUCGUGCUCUCCAAGAAGGAGCAGAAGCAGAAGGAGCUCGAAGACCUCGACUCGGUGCUUGCGGAGCUCGGCCUUGCGCCCGCCGAGGCGCCCAAGGAGGUCGCCGCUGCGGACAAGAAGCCCAAGAAGAAGAAGGGCAAGAAGCCGGCUGGCACGGCUGCCCCGGCCCCGACGCCGGUGGUCGUCGAGGAAGAGGCCCCAGUCGUUGUCGUCGACAUCAAGGCCGUGCUCGCCAAGAAGGGCGGCAAGAAGAAGAAGGAGGAGUCGCUCGCUGUCAAGAAGGCGCGGGAAGAGGAAGCGAAGAAGAAGGCGGCGGCCAAGACCAAGAAGGACCGCUCGACGUUCAACGAGUUUUCGUAGAUUUGUAUGUCUAAAUUCUACUUACCUUACCCGUA